ACUGGCCCUGCCAUCUCUGAAACUAUUUUCUGUUAUUUCAUGGUGCAUGACUAAUUACCAAGUUCCGGAGUAUGGGUCAAGAUUGGUCAUUUAUGUGGAGCACGAUACAAAAGUAGCACAUUUAUUUCAACGUCAAGAAUUGCACUCCGAAUACACAAAGCCGAUAAGGAAAAUGACAAGUAAAUUUGAACGUCUGAACAAAUCAAUUCUGGGCCACACGGGGGCGUCAACAUUAAAUUAUCGCCCCCAAAACUCCCUCUGGCCUUUCGUUAUAUUCAGAACCCAACGGGCUAUCAGAGUUUGAGACUCCAAGUCUAUUUCUGUUCAGAAUUUUGUUGUGGAAUUGGCUUUAAAAGCGGCGUGCCGUGACUACAUCGCUACCAAGGCGCGUCUGCGCUGAUUGGUCCAUCAGCACAGAGUUGGAGGUAUCCCUCAAGAACGAACAGCCUGCUAGCUACAAGCUACUGCACCGUCGAUACAUCCUCGCGUGGAAAAAUACUCAAUACCUCUACUGUGGGUCUACAUGAUAAGACAUGGCGGUACCAGGCGUCCAGCUGAGGUAGUUGAGCGGGGUGCUCGAGCUGGGGCGUGUGGUUUUACCAACGCUUAGAGGUCCUUCGCCCUGUCCCCCGCGGCCGCCCUGCUGAUGGAGCAGAGCUCCCACACCUCGGGCUAACGGAGCACCAUGUUCCCCUGCCACACGUCCUCCUGGUCCUCCACCCAGCAUCCGGUGCCCUGCGGCCCCAGCCAGCCCCCUCCACCAGCCCAGCAGACCCAGACUCAGCCCCUGCCUGACCUGCUGUGCAGCUGCCCGGCGCCCGCCCUGACCGCCGUGCUCUCCGCGUGCUCUCCGGCCAACUCCGACCCCAUGGAGUCCCUGAUCGUCAUCACGGAGUACGAGCCCAGCCUGCCGGACCCCCACAGCGGGGACGAGGAGGUGGAGGACAUGGACAGUUCCGAGACCCCCGACCCCGCCCGGCCGCUGCUGGCCCCUGAGUCCUGCGACCUCCUGCUGUCCCACCGCGUGGGGGGGGCGCUGCUGGCUGCACCCCCCAGGGGACGGCUCAACAUGUCGGACAGGAAGCUGUCCCUCCAGGAGCGCUCGCCGACCGCCGCCUCCCCCUGCGGCUCCCCGGGCCUCGACGGACGCUACAUCUACCCCUCGCUGCCCUACUCCCCCGUCACCUCCCCCCACUCCUCCCCGCGGCUCCCCCGCCGGCCCACCGUGGAGUCCCACCGCGUCUCCAUCACAGACCUCCAGGACUGUGUUCAACUCAACCAGUACAAGCUGAAAGACGAGAUCGGAAAGGGUUCCUAUGGUGUUGUCAAGCUGGCCUACAAUGAAGAUGACAACACGUACUAUGCGAUGAAAGUGCUGUCCAAGAAGAAGCUGAUGAGACAGGCGGGGUUCCCACGAAGACCUCCGCCGCGAGGAGCUAAAAUCCCAGAGGGCAUGCCUCAACCCAAAGGACCCCUGGAGAGGGUAUACCAGGAGAUUGCCAUCCUUAAAAAGCUGGACCAUCCCAACGUGGUCAAGCUUGUGGAGGUUUUGGAUGACCCUAGUGAGGACCAUCUGUACAUGGUGUUUGAGCUGGUGAAGAAAGGGGCUGUGAUGGAAGUUCCGGCUGAAAAGCCUUUCAACGAGGACCAAGCCCGCUUCUACUUCAAGGACCUUCUCAGGGGAAUGGAGUUCUUGCAUUACCAGAAGAUCAUCCACCGAGACAUCAAGCCGUCCAACCUGCUGGUGGGGGAAGAUGGCCACAUCAAGAUCGCUGACUUCGGGGUCAGUAACCAGUUCGAGGGGGCUGAUGCUCUGCUGACAAGCACGGUUGGGACGCCCGCCUUCCUCGCCCCUGAGACCCUAUCGGAGACCAGGAAGAACUUCUCUGGCAAGGCGCUGGACAUCUGGGCCAUGGGAGUGACUCUUUAUUGUUUCCUCUUUGGAGUGUGUCCAUUCAUGGAUGAGCGCAUCCUGAGUCUUCACCAGAAGAUCAAGAGCCAGCCGGUGGAGCUGCCGCCACACGCGGAGAUAUCGGAGGACGUGAAGGACCUCCUCCUGAAGAUGCUGGACAAGAACCCAGAGUCCAGGAUCUCCGUCCCCCAGAUCAAGGUGCACCCGUGGGUGACCAGGCAGGGCGCCGAGCCACUGCCGCUGGACGACGACCACUGCUGCCUGCUGAUCGAGGUGACGGAGGAGGAGGUGGAGAACUCGGUGAAGCACAUCCCCAGUCUGGCCACGGUGAUACUGGUGCGGACCAUGCUGAGGAAGCGGUCCUUCGGGAACCCCUUCGACUGGGGCCGCAGGGAGGACCGCGGGAGCCAGAACGCCCCGGCCCCCGUGCCGUCGAAACAGGGGAGCGCGGAUGGUGUGAUGAGUAUGGACCUGCCCUUCGUAGGCCAGGACGUGGCACUCUCCUGAGGCUCUGAGGAGGCGUGUCCCCCUUCCCCCUUCCUGCAGACUACAGCACCACCCAGCACCCCUUUUUACUUCACGCUCACCAACCCACGGAACGGCUCCUCUUCGGGCUGGAGAGCGCCGUCUGACGGGGACCACAGCGGUGGGGGCCGAGAGUUACCGUUUCGGUUUUAACAGCUGGAGCCGAUUGUGAGACCGAUUUCUCUUAAAAGGUUGAGGUUGGAUUCCCUUUUUGUCUUUUGGAGGAAUUCCGACGAGGAACUUGUGGCCCUCUUCCCUCUGCUUUCUCUCUCUCCCUCCUCGCUCUCUCUCUCUCUUACUGCAUGCCCCUGUAGCCCCCCCAUCCGGUUGGUUUCAGCCGUUCUGUGGUCGUGUUUGUAUUAUAGAUCAGCACCACUCGUGGAUGGCUCCAUUUCGUGAUCUUUAACCUCAAACGCCGCCCUCUGUGGUGCUUUUUUUUUUCUUUGCUUUUUUUUUUUUACAGUAGGAGAAAUACAGCAACCACACAAAACUCUUCCCGUUGUAACGAAAGACUAAGCCCAGGUUUACUGACAGUGAUUGUCUGUCCGAUCCACCGUCUCCUACUGACUGCCGUUCUGGCCGGGUUUUGUCAAAUAUAUAUAUAUGUUGAGGGAGGUGUGAAGGAAUUGUACAGUUUAUUGAAUUUAAGUGAUGGUAGGCCUCCGUUUACUUAACUAGUAUUAUCUGAACGUUUAUAGUUGCAGAGUUAUCGAAGUAGUUGAUAUUUUUUGAUGAUCUUCUUAAUAAGCUUGUUGAAGACUCUCACAGUUCAAAUAAACACAUGGAUCUAUUUCUAAAUACAGACUUUGCUAGUCACCAUGGCAGCAUAGCAUACCAAGUAAGAUUCCCCUUUCCUCAAUUUGUUCUGAGUUCUGAUUAACCCGACUUAGAACCACCUCAAGACAAACUAAUGUCCAGACAAUUAUGUGAUCAACUGAACCCGUGUUUAACUUGCAGAACAAUUAAUGGGUUAUCAUCUUCAAUUCAGAAUUAACAUCAAAUUAUACCAAAAAACUAUAAUUUGCAAACGCAAACAACAUCCAAGAUUUGGCAAAUUUAUUUUUAGAUAGAAAUUCUGCUACUAAAGUUGAGUCAAGGAAUUUUUGCUGCAUCAGUGCGUCAUAUGCAGCCAAACGUCACCUGUCAUGAAUGCAUCCCACAGUUACAGUCAACUGUUACGGACGUUAAGCGCCAGGCUAGGCACCAGCACGUCACACCAAUACACACCCGGUCAGGUGAUUGUUUUUCCAUUUAGUUGAGCUUUACUCAGUUUGUGUGCUGUGACAUGAUGUGAGUUCAGUUUGGAAGGCACAUGUCUGUUAUGUACUGUGUAUGAUGUAGGCGGUAUUUGAUGCCAGUGGUAUUAAGAUGAGGAGGGUCUAAUGACCACUCUGUAUAUUACAUCAUGAACAGCUAUCAAAAGCUGCCAUUCCUUUUAAAUUAUGCUGCAGAGGAAGGAAAAGGGAAAAAUAUUUCACUGCUUUCUAUCGUUCAUUUUCUUAUGUUUUGAAAGAUGUGUUUUCGUUAUGUAAUAUAUAAAGGACGGAUGUUUUUAAACGAACCAAAAAAAGUAUGUUCAACUGUAUUUUGUAACGAGUAGUAACUUUUAAGACCUUUAAUCUAUUAAACCCUUUUAUAAAUGUAUUUCGUAAGCGGUUGACUCCAAUAUAGAUUUUGAGAAGACCUUUGUGAAGCUGCAGAACCUUUUGUAAAAAAUAAUAAUAAUCUAUGCAUGACAUCUCUACUAAUGUUUAAUUUAAAAUAAUCGAAAUCUAGUAUGAAUACACUCUGCAAUUAUUUCCAAAUAGAUAAAUCUGUUGACCAUCAUCAGUUUUAUUGAUUGAGCCCAACAUCUGUAAAAUCUCAUUCAUUCAAUUGUUUUGAUAUAUCAUUUAUCUUAUUUUUUCUGUAAGAUCACCUUCAUAUUAUUUAUUUGUACUAUAACAUGCAUUUAUACAACGAAUGCUUCCACACAUUGGCCAUGUCAGCACUUUAGCGGACUAGCUGGGAUUUUGUCCCUUGUCUCGUUGCCUGUCACGCUUUACUUUACAUUUUGUGUGUUUUUUUAAAUAUUACUAUGCAUUAUACGAACUGUCUCUCUCUGUACGGUACGAGUGUGUGCCCUGUAGACCUGCCAUAUAAACUGUGCUCAGUUAGAGGAGAGGCUGAUGUGCACUGUCAAGACAAAUUCAAAUGUAUUUCUUGUUAAACAUUUUUAUUUGAACACAGCAGUAUUCAAGAGCUACCAUGAUAAAGUAGGAUUAUUUUUGUUAACAUUGCAUUUUCUGAGGCGUUCUAAGGUCUUGGUCACAAAGAGUUGAAGGAUUAUGGUAUUUUGUUGAGGAACUCAAUAAGUCGCAAUGUUAACACAAAUAAGUUGUGGUUUAUCCAAAAAUAUUCUGCUAAACUGUCCAUGUUCUAAUAAAAAGGCUACCUCAGUUGACCACCUAUUUACAUGUAAAAGCUAAAGUUUGCAUCCUGUGCUCUUCCUUUUAUGGGGACGAAUUUAAAAAGACAAGAUUGCUCUGAGUGGUCAUCCGUUUUGGCCCCAACCAACACCACAUUGGGCAAGUGUGCCAUAUCUGUUACAGCAAACUGUAAUUAUACUGUUGAAGGCUACCUACAUGACAUUUAGCUUGUCACCCCAUGUACUCAGUUGAAGACAAGGGCAGGUUAAAUGGUGACCUCUGUUGUUAGCAUGACUUUGCAUUCUGUAGAACUAUUGUAAUUGAUUUCGGCGAAAGCUUAGGGGUCUUUCUUCCCGAAUGCAUGCCAACAUACUGAUUACAUUUGGACUCUGAUAGCAUGCUUAAGAGAUCCUUAGUUAAAGGACGUCAUCAAUUAUUAUACUAUACAUACUGUAUCUGGUUCACUAUUUGAAUAAAAUACAAUUGCCUUUC